AUGACCGACUCAUCGCCUCGUUCGUCCGUAGACUUGGUGGAGGUCGCUGCUAGCAGCGACAGCAAAAUCGCUGGUGUCAGCCUCUACAAUGGGCUUGCAGAAGUUACCCGCUUGUCUAGGGUCAGUUUGAAGGCAGGAGAUAACAAAAUCGUCAUUUCGGGCCUUUCCAACUCAUUGAUACGAGAGUCGCUGAGAGUCGAAGGUCGUGGGCCAUGCACGAUUCACGAAGUCUCCAUCUCCGAAUUCCCUGUCAGCCUGCCCACAGUCACCUCUCCAAAGCUGACAGACCUCCUCAAUGAGAAGACACGUGUAGAGAAGGUGCUGAAGCGGUGCCAACAGGCCAUUUCAGCCAUUGACGGAUACUAUGACAGCCUCGACGCCAAGCACUUUGAGGCUAGCAGGAUUACCGAGUUUCAAAGAGGCGUCAGCGGCGUCUCGGAAGAACUGGACAACAAGCUUCUGUAUUUGGAGGACGAGCUGGAGGUGUUGACGAAGAGCAUCGACGACGAGCGGGCGGCGCUCGGGGAGGUCAAGGCGGAGAACCGACUGAGACAACGCGUGUCCAUUACCGUCCACGCGGAGAGGGAUUGCGAGGUGGAAUUCGUUAUCGUCUAUGGGGUUUCAAAUGCGACAUGGGAUGCGACAUAUGAUAUCUACGUGAAGAUGAACGCGAAGGAGAAACCCGUUAGGCUAAUCUAUAAAGGUGCUAUCACGCAAAACACAGGAGAAGACUGGCAAGACGUAGCUCUGACGCUCGAGACCGUCACGCCAUCGUUUGGAGUCAGUAUCCCAGAACUCCAACCGUGGACACUCUCAAUCUACCGUCCGCCUCUCCCGAGGACCAAGUCGAGGAGAAAAUCGAGGGGUGGAGGUUUCGAUCUCCAAAAGAGAAAAAGGGAUACGUCAGAUUCCUUCACAGUAGGCGAAGAAGACGGUCUGGGGAUUCCCUUCAGUGGUUCUUCUGCGGCCAUACCGAAGCGAAUCCUUCUCGUGUCGUCGAAGGGGGAUAUCAACGCCACAUUCUCCGUUCCGGGGCUCAUGUCGAUCCCAAGUGAUGGCGCUGCCCACAACGUGACGAUUAGCGAGUUGAGUUUGGAAGCUGAGAUGUCUUGGGUAUCGGUGCCUAAGGUGUCAGCGAAGGCGCACUUGACGGCUAAAAUCAAGAACGACUCCGAAUACACGUUCCUGAGAGGUGUCGCCAGCAUCUACGUCGAUGGCAGCUUCACCUCUCGUUCGGACAUGCCUGCCGUAAGCCCACAGGAGAGCUUCGACUGCCCUCUAGUUCUUAAACGUGAAUUGUGA